AAAAGAUGCCGUCUUCGUGUUUCUCUGACUUGUGUUCCUUGCGGGCCGCCGUAGCGUUCUUCGUUAAGGGAACCAUGUGACUAUGAUGUCAUCGGAUGAGGAAGUACCUCGGAAUAAGGGUGUACUGGGGGUGAUGGCAUCUUAUAAAAAGCUUAUAUGAAACCAUUACAUUGAGACUUAAUUAAGAAACAAUUUAUAUAAACUCUAAACAGUAACUGGAAAAGGACUGAGAUGGAAGGAUUUUCAUGUUCUCUUCAGCCACCAUGCCCAGUGCCCAAAUCUCUGUGGCUGGGCUGCUCCAGCCUGGUGGACAGCAUGCCCUCCCUGCAGUGCCUGUAUAACCCAGGGACUGGCGCACUUACAACUUUCCAGACGGCCUCAGAGAGAGAAGACUGUAACAGGGAUGAACCGCCUAGGAAGAUUAUAACCGAGAAAAACACACUUAGACAGACAUCCAACAGCUGUGCCAGUCUGUGCAUAACCCAAGAUACCGUAUGCUUGUCUGGCUCUACUAUGAAGACAGAAAGUUGUGUAGUUAAAACAAAACUUGCCAAUGGCACUUCCAGCAUGAUUGUGCCCAAGCAGCGAAAACUGUCAGCAAAUUACGAGAAGGAAAAAGAGCUAUGCGUCAAGUAUUUUGAGCAGUGGUCCGAGUGCGAUCAAGUAGAGUUUGUUGAACACCUGAUAUCUCGAAUGUGCCACUAUCAGCAUGGACAUAUAAACACUUACCUUAAGCCAAUGUUACAAAGGGAUUUCAUUACCGCACUACCAGCUCGCGGACUCGAUCACAUAGCAGAAAAUAUACUUUCAUACCUGGAUGCAAAGUCAUUGUGUUCUGCAGAACUGGUAUGUAAGGAGUGGUAUCGAGUGACCUCAGAUGGCAUGCUCUGGAAAAAGCUCAUAGAGCGGAUGGUCCGGACAGAUUCUCUUUGGAGAGGACUGGCAGAAAGAAGAGGAUGGGGGCAAUAUUUGUUUAAAAACAAACCUCCAGAUGGGAAAACGCCACCAAAUUCAUUCUACAGAGCGCUUUACCCAAAAAUUAUUCAAGACAUAGAGACAAUCGAGUCCAACUGGCGCUGUGGGAGACACAGCUUACAAAGAAUUCACUGCCGGAGUGAAACAAGCAAAGGAGUAUACUGUCUGCAGUACGAUGAUCAGAAGAUAGUAAGUGGACUCAGAGAUAACACCAUUAAGAUCUGGGAUAAGAAUACUUUGGAGUGCAAGCGAGUGCUGAUGGGUCACACUGGGUCAGUUCUCUGUCUGCAAUAUGAUGAGAGAGUAAUCAUUACUGGCUCUUCAGACUCUACCGUCCGGGUGUGGGACGUGAACACAGGAGAAAUGUUGAACACGCUGAUUCACCACUGUGAGGCUGUGCUGCACUUGAGGUUUAAUAAUGGCAUGAUGGUCACCUGCUCCAAAGAUCGUUCCAUUGCAGUUUGGGACAUGGCCUCUGCGACCGAUAUCACAUUACGAAGAGUUCUGGUAGGCCACCGAGCUGCCGUAAAUGUGGUGGACUUUGAUGACAAGUAUAUAGUCUCUGCAUCUGGUGAUCGAACAAUAAAGGUUUGGAACACCAGUACAUGUGAAUUUGUGCGGACAUUGAACGGCCACAAGCGUGGUAUUGCAUGCUUACAGUAUCGAGAUCGGCUUGUGGUGAGUGGUUCUUCUGACAACACAAUCAGAUUGUGGGAUAUUGAAUGCGGUGCAUGUUUGCGGGUUCUGGAAGGACAUGAAGAACUGGUCCGGUGCAUCCGCUUUGAUAACAAGAGAAUAGUCAGUGGAGCGUAUGACGGGAAAAUUAAAGUGUGGGACCUUGUCGCUGCUUUGGACCCCCGUGCGCCUGCAGGGACCCUGUGUCUCCGGACUCUUGUGGAGCAUUCGGGCAGAGUUUUCCGCCUGCAGUUUGACGAGUUCCAGAUAGUAAGCAGCUCUCACGAUGACACUAUCCUCAUCUGGGAUUUUCUCAACGACCCAGGUGCACAUGCAGAAUCAACGCGUUCACCUUCUAGAACAUACACGUACAUCUCCAGAUAAAUGACACUACGUAGUACCUCACAGUUGUACAGGACUUGCUUGAAAAGUAUGGUAAUUAAACCGCCUGUGAACUCCGGGAAAUAAACAUUCUACUUGACCAGUAUUUGCUGAAAAAAAAAAAAAUUAGAGAGAGACCCAUUAUCCUGAUUCAUCCUGGAAUAUUGCUGUCAGGCAGCUGGGAGCAGCCCGGGCCAAUCUGCACAGUGGACUGCAGGAUUUGCUGCCAUGAGAAGAAUUCUUGUAUUUCCUUCAUUGUCCCCGGAGUUUGCAACUGAUUGCAUUGCGAUGGGUUGCACACUCCAGUGGCGGUGGCACGUUACUCCAAACGUGCAAUUUUAGAGAUGAAACGCGAGAGACUGUAGCAGUCACAGGUCUUUGAAAUAUAUUUAAAUGUCUUGCCAGGAUUCCUGUUGCUUUGCUGUAAGCGAAAGAACAAUUUUCAUUUUUUUUUUGUCCCACGCUCACGCUGCUUUAAGGUGUGGCUACGUUUUGGAAAUCUGCUGAACGUUUUUUGCAAGUACUCGUGAAGUGAAAAAGUGGGUAAUGGGUUAUUUUCUUUUAAGAUGAUGACUAAGACCCCCCCAAGUGAUAUAAAAAUGUAUGUUUUUAUCAUAGUAAGCAUGAAAGGUUAUUUUUUAUUUAUUAUUUUUUUUCCAUUCAUUUUUUUUUUUCAUUCUUCAGUGUUUGCGUGUAUAUCCAGUUUUUCUUUUUUUUUUUUUUUUUUUUCUCUUUCUAGUUUUUUUUGCAUAUAGUACCAAAUCAAGUGUUGUAGUUAUCUGUAUAGUUCUUUAUGGGCCAUUAAAAGCUUAGAAAAAAAAAAUUAACCCGAUUAGAGAUGUUCUUAUCAAGUGGCACAAGGGUAAGGAUAGCGCAAACUCACUUUCCCUCUCUGUAUGUGUCUCCAUUUAAGUGUCUCUUGUUUUUAUAGUAAGGGGUUUUCCUUCUGCUCUUCCUUCCUCGUUCCCUGACUUGGCACAGCAGUGCGUGUCUUUCCUGGUGGUGUUUCUUUUUGUCCCCGCUCUUGUACUGACUGUCACAAAGCACCAUGUUUAUUUUCUACACGCGACUACUAACUCGUGCUUUUUGAUCUUUGCCGGCAGCCUUAUUUGUCACGAUACUCUUCGUAAGUAGUUAAACUCAUCUCUUCUUGCAUGUGAACCACUAUUAAAUAUUCUGCAUGAUCUGAAAACUGAGGUACAAACACUUAAAAGUAACAGUAAAUUAUAAUUUAAUCUUAAAGAAGAAAAAAAUGCACUUGUUUUCUGUCCAUUACUUAAAGCCAAACUUGUUUUUUUUUUUUAAAGAGACACUGUUAAAAUCUACUCUCAAAUCCACCACAGUGCAUACGUUUAAUUCAGUUAGUGUUUAGGUUUGUGAUUAAGUAAAGAAAAAAAUGUUUGACGUUGGUGUAUGUGCUCAUAUUAAAUACAUUAAUAUAGGGGAUUCUUGACCUAUAGGUAGGGAGCCAUACUCUCUCUAGGGAAGGUGCCUACAAUCCCCUUUAAUACAUGGAUUCCUAUUGCAUAAAAAUGAAUGACUUGAAUAGAGAUAUUGAGUUCCCGAAUUAGGGGGCUCAGAGAUAAAUGUUAAGAAACACUGCUUAGCAGUUGGAGUUUCCCUUCAUUCAUUUUCAAAUCUUUUUGGGACACUGUCCAUAUUCUGAGAAGCAAAAUGACUAUUCCAAAAAAAAAAAAAAAUUACUAUUUGCCAUUGGACACAAUAAGGACGCAAGACCAUUGCUUGACGAUGUCCUGCUCCUAUUUAGGAAAAUGAAGGGAAAUGGAGCUUUAGCCUAUGAAGAUAGCGGGAUGAAUUGAGGGCAAAAUACAUUGAUCGCAUGCAUUACUUUAAUCCAGGAAUUCUAAUGAUGUCAAUAGGAUCAUUUUCAUUCAUCAAUAGUGACAUUAUAUUGCCCCGAAAUGGCACCUCUUUGUGGUACAAGCAACUCUAAAGGAUUGUAUUACAUGUUAGAGAACUUCCUUGUGCAUUAAUUCUCACUGGAGCUAUCCGACUGCCAUUCUACCGCCACAACAUGCUAAAGAUUACUUUUUUUCCCCCGAUACAUUUGUAAAAGUAAAAAACGAAACAGAAAAACCCUGUCAGACGCAGCUAAAGGUACGCAACAUCCUAUUGCAUGUAAUAAGGGCAAGCUACUGAAAAUAUGCUAACAAGUUAGAGAGCAAAGUUAAGACCCUAUAAGGGCUUAGUCUGCUAAUUUUAGCCAAAAUACAUAUAAAUAUCACUGCUGGUUUCUACUAAGCAACAAAUCUAUAACAAUUUUUGUUUCUCUUUUGCUGUCGGAUCCCUUGUAUGGAGGCACAUUAGCUUAUAGUUAUGUCUUAAAUGCAUGAAUUGCUGAAAAUGCUUGCUGCAAAAUCAACCAUUGCUGUUUGCCAUGUAUACAAUAACCAGGAAUAGAUGUCCAAACCAGAAAACAGCCUUUCCAGCAUCUUCCCAUUGAUGCUCGGAACGGUUGUGCCUUAUACCAAGUGUAAAUAAGUCAUUCCUGUUGUUGUUGAUCCUGAUGGUGUGUGUAGUGGGUUGGCACCAUUCCCACAUUUCCCUCCAAGGGGGGGGGGAUAUGAAGUUCUGAAAUCCUCAGCCAUUAUUUUGCCUUUGUGUAAAUCAAUUCCUGCCUAUACUGCUUUGCUAUAAAGGUAUCUGUGGUGUUGUCAUCUAACUGAUAAGUGAGAAAGCACAUGAUUUUACCCUUUACUUAAAUAAAUUUAUGUAAAAUAAAAAUAUGAAGUAAACAAA